CAAUUAGUAUACAAGAAGUUUUUACAAGUGGUAAAUAACUACUUAAAAAAAUGAUAAAUAACUAACGUACGAGAGUACUGCUAUAUGAGUACCUUGAGCCAGCAGCAAGUCAGCAACAGCUCCAAGUCUCAUAGCUUAACAAAACAAUGGUACCCUGCUCAGUUUCUGACCCAACCUUCGGCUCCCAACUUUCACCAUCCAUUCACACCCUGCUACUUCGCUAAGUCUCCUACAUUGAAUGUAUUGACUACUAAACACCCUUUACUUUUACUCUUUCAUUCCUCCUUCACAUGAUCUUAAGCUGUUUCUUUAGACAAUUUCAGCGCUGCCCACGAAGGAUUGGGAACUUUCACUUAAGGACAAGGACAAGAAAAUGAAAUCACAGGCUUCUGAUAAAGAAGAAUUGAAGACCAGUGAGAAAGGAAGGCCAACAGGAAAAAGGCCCCUAAAUAAUACUUCGACUACCGGUUCUGGGCAUUAUGAUUAUUUGCAUAAUUAUGAUAAAUUGAGCAGUUUAUCAAGUGGUUUUGUGACUGAAGAAAAUAUGCCCGAUGCAGCUUCGGAGAAAGAACUGGGAAAUGACUAUUUUAAGAAAAAAAAGUUUAAAGAGGCUAUCGACUGCUACUCAAGAAGCAUUGCCCUGUCUCCAACGGCUGUAGCUUAUGCAAAUAGGGCUAUGGCCUAUCUUAAGAUAAAAAAGUUUCAAGAGGCUGAGGAUGACUGUACAGAGGCCUUAAAUCUCGAUGAUCGCUACAUAAAAGCAUACUCACGACGAGCAACGGCUAGAAAAGAACUUGGGAAACUUAAAGAAUCCAUGGAAGAUGUUGAGUUUGCCCUGAGGUUAGAACCUAACAAUCAAGAAAUCAGGAAACAGCACGCAGAGUUUAAAUCCUUGUAUGAGAAAGAGGUUCUUCAGAAGGCCUCUGGGGUUUUAAAAAGGUCCAUGCAAGGAGCUCAGGAAUUAGGGAAGUCAGAGACAAAAGAGAAUGGACUUGGGAUGCAUUCUGUCUCAAAUAGUACUCAAAGAACAGAAGUGGCUGCAGUUCAAGGGUAUCAAACUAAGGUUUCUCAGUGUGACGAGCAGAAGAAACCUGAGAAGGGAUCUGUAACUUUGGAGGAAAUAGGAGAAAGAAAUAUCAGGCCCGGAAGCAGGACAGACAGUACUCAACUAGAUGCUAGGCUUGUUGGUUCGGAGAGCAUUAAGAGAAAUAACAGAACUAGAAAGCAAGAGCUGAAGGCUUCAGUGCAAGAGCUUGCUUCUAGAGCAGCCAGUCGAGCAAUGGCUGAAGCUGCAAAAAACAUUAGUUCCCCAAAUACAGCAUAUCAGUUUGAGGUUUCCUGGAGAGCCCUAUCUGGUGAUCGUGCACUACAGGCUCAUCUUCUGAAGGUAAAUAGAGUUCUUUUAUGGUGUCUACUUCCCGGAACUCGCAUAUCAGUCAAAAUUUUUUGUAACUUGACCAGAUUCUUCCUACUGGUUUCAUUUAGCAGGGAGGAUGUGGAUUUGGCUAUUAAGUAUCUAGAAAAUUUGACCAAGGUUCCAAGAUUUGACAUGCUUAUUAUGUUUCUUUCACCUACAGACAAGGCUGACCUUGUCAAGGUAUGGGAUGAAGUAUUCUGUAAUGAGGCAAGUCCAAUAGAGUGUGCAGAGAUUCUUGAUCACUUGCGUUCCGUGUACUGCCUCGAGAAAUGAAGGAUGCACUUGAAGAAAUGUUUUCGAGUAAUCAAGUUCCUUCCUCGGAACUCGGAAGGUGUUUUCCGUAAAUGAUUAAUCUGAGAUAAGGAAAUACUUGCUACAGUUUUCUUGGUUUCAUGGUGAAGUAAUUAAUUAGGUGGCACGAGAUGCAUGUUGCUUUUUGUCAUACUUAUGUCCUAUCGCUCAAGAUUUUCAUGAAGGUCCAUCCAUUUUGAACCAGUGAAAAUCUAAUUCUUGUAAUGGAUGGAUGCUUGUGAAUGUUAAAAUGUUCGGUUUUAAUUGAAGUUUUCAGUGUUCAACA